AUGUCAUCUUCACUCUCGACCGUUGAUAGUCUGAAAAACACAGCUUCCUCUGCAUACGAGACUGUAGCCAAUAGCUUAUCUGCGACGUCGAAAAAUGGCGAGUAUGAUCCUGCCCAGGACAAAAAUAAUGUUGGCAAAGAUGCACAUGGCAAUAAGUUUAGAAAGGGCGAUUUUAAGGACCAAUUGAAUCAGGCUGCUUAUGGAGGACCACCAGAGAAGGAAGAGAGCUUUACGGAGAAAGCGCAGGUUGCUGAUGAUGAAAGCGUUGUCGUGGAUGCCAGGCAUAAGCACACUACAAAAGUCAACUCUGGAGCAGGAACCAGAGGAUAA